UGAUACAUAGACGUUAGAUCGUCGACGUUUAGAUUUAUAAAAGUAUUCGGUUAAAGUUUGCAGUGAUAUACGAAACAUAUGCACUAUUAUUCAAUUUUGGAAGAAUACGCGUUCAUAGAGGUGUGUAACGUUAAUUGUAGAGUUUAGUUCAUAAUGAGUUCUUCUAAAUAUUUCAAGAAUUAUAUUUUGUGUGGAAUAGUAGAUUUUCAUUGUCUACUGUGCAAAGAAACUUUUAAUUCCAUUACAGAUGUUGACAAACAUUUGAGAUGGGAGAAGCACAGGAAGAUACUAAAAACCCAAACAUAUCUGCAUAAAUUUAAAAAAGACUACAUUUCAAAGGUUCCCAAUUACUACUAUUGUGAAGUCUGUAAUUCAACAAUAAUGGACAUUAAAGAUAUUCCAGACCAUAUUAAUAAAGAAGCACACAGAAAUAACAAAUUGAAUCCUGAUAUUAUAAAAGAAAAACCAAAAGGAUACUAUGCGAUUGGUAGAGUUGUUUUAAAAGAUAAAAAAAUAUCAGAAUAUAUUUGGAAUGGAAUUGUAAAUAACAAAUGUGUGAUUUGUGAUGUUACUUUAGAUGAUGAUAUGAUCAAACAUUGUACACUACCUGACCAUAUUGUUAAACUGAUUGAAACUGAAGUUGAUUUUCAAAAUGAACAGGGCUAUAGGAAGGUAAAUUUGGAAUGCUAUCAUUGUUUCAUGUGCAACCAAUUAUUUAAUCCUGAAACAUUUUUUGAACACUACUGUUGCAAACCAGAAAAAACUGUUGCAACUGUAACUAAUAAGUGUAAAACCACUGGAAGAAAACUAUUGAAUUUAAUAGCCCAAGCAAAUAAAGCACCCAGAGUAAAAUCAAAUUUAGGCGAUAUUGUUGAAGAGGAAUCGUCUGUGAUGUGUGAAGUUUGCAAUGAAGAAAUACCUUAUGAUUUUGAGGUAUUCUUUAACCACAUGCAGAGACAUAAUUAUGAAGCAAGUCAAAUGAACCUUAUACAGAUAGCUGAUACUGAACGGCAAGUAAUUGACCACGGAAAACUUAGGUCUGAACUGGCAGCAUAUGGAAGGGAACAUUCUAUCAAAUUAAAUGCAGGUGGUAGCAAAGGAUUUUGCGUUCUUUGCAGUGCAUUUUUGUCAGCACACUUAAAAGUAUUCAAAUCUCACGUUGAGGGUGCAAUACAUACUGGCCAUUUAGAAAUAAAAAACCACAAAAGCACAAAAAAAUCAGAUAAUAAGUACCCUACUUUGAACAAAUUUAUAAAAUUUAUGCUGUAUUACAAAGAUUUAAAGUCAUUUUACAUAAAUACAAGCAUCAGUGUGAAGAAUGACAGUUUUAUGCUGAUGAACAAGAUUGAACAUGGUCCUCAUUAUAAAAAGACCAAAUGUUAUGCAUGUGAUGUGUCUAUGGCAUUGGGUACUGAAUACCUACAUUGUAGAACAGAAGAGCAUAAGAAAAAUGUCAUGUCUAGUACAGUAAUCCUUCAUGAAGAUAACAAUUUUGUAAGAGAGAUCAGACCAAACUUGUAUCACUGUGGUUGUUGCAAUUUAACAUUUCCAUUCAUAAAUAUUUUGAAGAGGCACAUCACAUCUUUUAGUCACCUGGCAAAAAUACGAGAAUGCAAUAUUGCCAAUCUAUUGAUAAUUUUCCUCAAGAAAUAUGGAGUCCCUGCUUAUUCUGAACAACUCGCUAUAAGCUCUAAUAUAGAUAAUUUAUAUAUUCAAAUUAUGAAGUCAGUUUAUGGAAAACACAUCAUUUAAUACUAUUCUAAAUUUGAUCUUAUUUUCUUGAAGUGUUAUUAUUAAUAUUCGAUUAAAGUUCAAUUCUUAUUAUUUUGUAAAAUAGUAAUGAGAAAAGAUUCUAGGCCAUGGGCAUAUAGAUCAUGAAGACUGUAAUUGUUUUGAUAUACAUAUUUUGAA